AGCUUGAAAUAAAAAAAAAAUGAAAAAGAACAUACCCUUAUCUAGGAUGUAAUUGUAACUUCCUAGAGGCAAGUAAUAUAAUAUUAAAACAUCAACAAGCUUUUACUAAAACUGCCAAACUCAGUAGACAUCACCAUAUAAUACAAUGGCGGGUUAUCUCGUCUCCUUUCUGAAAGAAUACUGCACUUCCAUAUGCAUCUCCCUUCUAAACACAGACCUUUUAAGUCCCCUCUUCCUCUUGGCACCAGAGUUCUGAUAGAAUAACUUAAUUCCCUUACCUGCGAUUUCACCCACUGUAUCUGUUCUUACCUUCUUGAGGUUACCACACAUUUUUCACUGCUGUCUGCCUCUUUUCCUUAGCUGUUCAGUUUUUGCCUAAUAUUAGUUUUCCUGCAAUGUCAUUCAACUCUUUUUCUACUCCGUUCCUCUUCCAUUCACCUCCCUUUCCCUCAUUUACAUCCUUGCUCAUUCAUACAUCUCUUCUAUUUCUUCCCCACAUCUCUCAAUUUUUCCCCUCCUGGCAUCCACCUUUAUGCUAAGGCAGGAUGGGGAGUUGAGAGAGCCAUUUUGUUAUCAUUUCUUGCUAGACAGAGUGAGUGUGAGUGGAAGUAGAGUCCUUUCUUGCCCCUCUCCCAUUAGAGAUUGCAGUGAUAGGGCUCCUAAUUCUCUUCUGCAGCUGGAGAGCAGGAGAAGCUGGUGAAAGGCCUUAUAAGAAACCUGGGUUCUUCCAUCCUGCUGCUGCUCCACCUACUGUUAGAAUGACUGGAAACCCAACACAUUUUCCAGCCAGGCACUGGUCCUUUUCCAGAAGGGUCAGCAGAAACAUAUCACCUAAGAAAGAAUCCACAAUGGAAAACUCAACCCACAGUUGUUUCUUACUGAUGAUUCUUCUAAUUAGAAUGGCUGCAAGUCUUACUUCUACUGUAAAUUAUACCGAUCCUCCAUUAGAGCAUGUAGUAACCGAACACUCAUCAGUACGACAGAAAAUAAUAGAUUCACAGUUCAAAUGCUAUGAGAGAAUGAACAGAGAUCCACCAUAUAGGAAAAAAGGUCUGUUCUGUAACCGAACUUGGGAUGGAUGGUUGUGCUGGGAUGACACACCUGCUGGAAGAGUGACUGCUCAGAAUUGUCCAGACUAUUUUCCAGACUUUGAUUCAACUGAAAGGGCUUCAAAAUACUGUGAUGAAACAGGAAAUUGGUUCCGACAUCCAGAGAGCAAUCGGACUUGGUCCAACUAUACACUGUGUAAUUCCUUCACCUCUGAAAAAUUGAAGAUGGCAUAUAUACUUUAUUAUAUGGCUAUAGUAGGCCAUGCUUUGUCUAUAACUUCGCUGUUGAUUUCCCUAGGGAUUUUCUUCUAUUUCAAGAGCCUCAGCUGUCAAAGGAUAACAUUGCAUAAGAAUUUGUUUUUCUCCUACGUUCUUAACUCUGUGUUUACCAUCGCCCACCUCAUCGCAGUAGUGCCUAAUCCAGGACUGGUAAAAAGGGAUCCUGUAAGCUGCAAAGUGCUGCAAUUUUUUCACCAGUACAUGCUGGGUUGUAACUACUUCUGGAUGCUGUGCGAAGGCAUAUAUCUUCACACUCUAAUUGUGGUGGCAGUAUUUGCUGAAGAGCAGCGUUUGCAUUGGUAUUACCUCUUGGGCUGGGGGUUUCCUUUAGUGCCAGCAUCUAUUCACGCUGUUGCAAGAGCCAAAUACUUCAAUGACAACUGCUGGAUGAGUGUUGACACUCACUUGCUCUAUAUUGUUCAUGGACCUGUUAUGGCGGCUUUAUUGGUCAAUUUUUUCUUUUUGCUUAACAUCGUCCGGGUUCUGGUGACAAAGCUAAGAGAUACUCAUCGGGCUGAAUCCAACAUGUACAUGAAAGCUGUCAGAGCCACACUAAUCCUGGUGCCCUUACUGGGAAUUCAGUUUGUCAUUUUUCCCUGGAGACCAGAAAACAGACUUGCUGGAGAAAUAUAUGAUUACAUCAUGCAUAUAUUAAUGCAUUAUCAGGGCUUACUUGUUGCAACUAUAUUCUGUUUCUUCAAUGGAGAGGUCCAGGGUGCUCUAAAAAGACAGUGGAUGCAGUAUAAGACCCAGUGGGGGCAAAGACGACGAGAGCACUGCUCUACGCGAUCUACCUCCUAUACAGCAACAUCUAUCACUGAGGUCCCAGUUUAUCUGUAUCAUCACGAUUCCGCCAAUGAACAGCUAAAUGGGAAAUACAUAGAUGACUCCGAACUUGUGGCAUUAAAAUCUGGAGAGACGUCUGCCUAGCUCAGAGGAAAACGAGACAAACAGGUCAUUUCGCACUCUGUUCAUGAGAGGGUGGGGUGAAGGGAAGAAGUGCUACUGUGAGAGAAUGCUAACCCAGAUGACAGGACACAUCGUAUGCAAACGGCAGAAGCAUCAGCUUCAGCCAGUGAUGGCCCAGCGAGAGUCUGCCUGACAGAGGUGGCUAUAGCAUUUGAUAGUACUACAGCAUGCUGCUUUUAGAAACAUAACUGAGAAUGGAACUAGUGAGACAUUUGGAUUUACCACAGUUCCUGCUACUGGCCAUAUGACCCAUGGAUUCAACAGUCAUUACAAUGUAAGGUAUCCCGUGGCAGAUAUAGAAUGGAUUGGUUCAUUGAGAGGGGUAUUCAGUUUCCAGACUGAACAAACUACAUGACAGAUUGGAAUUGUUCAGGAUUUGUUGCUUUACAUGCCUUUCUUUCACCCUAGACUUUAAACGAUCAUCUUUCAUUAGGUGUAAGAGGCUUGGAAUUGGUUGUUGUUUUCAUUUUAAUCAGCUCUGCUGCUUUUCUGGAAAUAUUUGCACAUGGGCAGGGAGAGGUGGGGAGGGGAGAAAGCCAUCAUUCCAAGGUAUUCAGAUCCUUAGCACAAGAGGAUAUCAUACAGUAUUACCCUCCUGACACCAGGUUCAUAACAGAAAUGAAGGUAAACUAUUUAUUGUAUUAAAAACAUUUAAUAUUAGUAGGCAUAAACAUCAGUAUAGAAACAAAACACUUUUUUGGGAGCCUUAUGAACGUCCUGGAGAGAUCUCGAACAUAUUUUUUGUUCAAGCUGUGCUAGUUCUUUGAUUCAUUAAUAGGAAGACUGUAGCCAUAAUACUCCACCCAGCAAUCUGACAAGUAAGGAACAAUUUUGCACUCCGAAUAAACUGUGAAAUGUAUUGGGAAAUGAAAAUUUUUGUUAAUUGCUGUUGACGCUCUGAGCCUCCUGCAGAUGAGCAUUUGCCUGUUUAAUGUAGUUGUGUGCUGACAGUAAAGAAGGCCAUUGAGGCUAUGUCUAGACUACAGAGUUUUUCCGGGAUACCAAAACUCCGCCACAUCCAGAGAAUGCGUCUGUUCUUCCAACAUUUUUUGUGGAAGAGCAGACACGCUCUUUCGGAAGUCCCAUUGGAAAAAAACUAGUGUAGACAUAGCCUGAAAGAGAGACGGAACUAGUUUUCACCAGCCUCACAGCAGAAUAAAUAGUCAAUAUUGUAUGUAAUUAUUGAAUACUAAAGGUCUUUUUAUGAUAAUUAAAUAAGCCUUACAGCCAAGGAUUAACUUGUUUAUGGCUGUAAGGCUCCUCUAUUGUCAGUGUCAUAUGACAAUUAUACACCACUGGUCUGAGGAAAUAGAUACAGUUUCUUUUCAAAGGUGAAUGUAAAAGUCCUUGCAAAUGGAUAGGACCAAUGCCCGGCAGCCCUGAGUAGAAAUUGGCAAAAAAAACCUGACAAACUCUUAUACCAAAGUUCUAUUUUAUAUUUGGCAAAAAAUGCAGAUUCAAUGACUCCAUGAAUUUGUGUCAUUUUCUCUGAAUUAUUUCAGUUUAAAAAAAAAAACCCUUACAAUAUGUUAAAAUCCAUGUUUCAUUUUGACAUUUUCUAAAUGAAACAUUUCCAUUUUUAGAUUAAAAAAGACUGUGCGUGGAAAUUUCCUUUUGUUUUAUUUAAAAUCUUUUAAAAAUGCUUAGUUGAAGUAAAAACAAUAGAAUGUUUUAAAACCCUGAAAGGUUUUUUCUUUUUAACUGUCUGAUUCUGUGAAAAUUUAACAAGAAAUCUCCUCCACCACCAUCACCACCCCCAGAAUUGCAAGAGAUCCAAAAAUCCUAUUGAUUAGGUGCUUGCAAGUCCUAGGAUUCUUUGCCUAUAGAAUUUAUCUUGUAUAUAAAGUUCCCAACUAUCUUUGAAUAGUGAAAGUACCACUAUUUCUCCUCUAGCUUUCAUGUUGGGUAAUUUUAAAGCCAACAAUCAGUAGGUGUACAAUGAGGUCCUGACUUUUUAAUUAAGUUAAUUAGUGAUUUGUUACCUUUAAAAAGAGGCCAGAAAGAAGCCAUCCAUGUAUGUUUGCAUCCACUUCUACCUAAUGUGUGAUCCACAUAUAUCUGACAGCACAGUUCUACCAGGCAUGACACAUGGAAUGGAGGACAGAUGGGAGACAGUCGCAUGAUGCACUUCUGAUUCCACGACCCCUCCUACUCCUGUCUUCAGCCAUGAGUUGUUUGAAAGUUGACUUGCGUCACAUUCCAUCUAUGGGAUUCAAGGAGAAAUAAGGAGAGAGACAAGGGAGAACCAGGGCAUUAGGGAUGGAAAGGAGAAGGAAGAAGAGGAGGAGGAAAUGCUAUCUCUGAUGUUACAAUCCAACUAACCAGUGUCUUUCGCAGAGUCAUAUAUUUUAAACUCCCUUUCUUCUUUAUGAAUUUGCUGAGAUUCCUUCCGAGAUUUGGUUCCCCCUACAAGACUUGGUUAAGGCAUAACCAUAAUUGUACUCUACUCUUAGCACUGCACUGAGUGCCUAAAGCGUAAGUAGUCCUAACUUGUCAGAUAAGUAAAAGGAGGAAAAAAGUUUCGAAUUCAGCACUUUGCUUUAAAAUGUCAAUGCAUUCAUAGCUCUCGUGUCUACAAGUAGAGGGAAUAAUCCUGCAGGAAGAAUUCUGAAGAGAAAGAACUGCAGGGUCAAGUUCAUAUUCUGUGAGGGCGAAAUUCAUUUAUUAAGCUCACAUGAGGUCUGUGUGUGUAAAGCUGAUGGACCCAGGUCAUUGGCAGAUGGGAUUGAACAUGGGACCUUAGGAGCUACAGCCAUGUAUGUGACUCUACUGUAUGAUCUAAAAGCUAGCUGUCCCUAAGCUAAGGUUGUAAAGCAGAUGUCAGUCACCUUUCUGGUUGCCUCCGGUUACAUAUACAACACUUAAGCACUGGGAAUGUGGGAAGGUGUGAUCCACAGCUAUUGAAAUCAAUGAAGAGACUCUGAUUUAAAUGGGCUUUGAACGAGACCCUAGAAUAUUUGAAUGGUACUUAAGUAGUGCACUGACUUUGUGGUGGCCCUCUGCACAGAUAUGAAUUUCAUGCUCACUGAUAUGAGAGGUUUUAAACACGGUGAGUAGGAUUAAGCCCCAAAGCUUUUCUAUUCACCUGUAAGAUUGACAUGGAGGGCUAUUGUUCAUACCUAACUGUGCUAACUUCUACAUUCCCACAUUCCUGACAAGUGAUCUUUUAAGAAAGAGUUCACUGAGAGUGGAAUUCAGAGUUUAUUUGAUCCAGUGAUAUAUCUGGGGAAAAAAUACAGUCCUGUCCAUUCACUCAGUGAAAAACCUAGGGUGGAGACCACUGAACAUAUCUGCUUUACUGGCUGUACAAAAGAAGGUAUUUUUUUCAGACAAAGGUGUUUUGUGUAUUGUUGUUUCUACUUUUGCUAGUGAGCUAUUAUGGGUGAUGGAGGAUUUAAUAGUCAAAGAAAAAACAAGGCAGCUUAACUCUGAAUUUUAUAUUUCUGAACAUUUUUUAUGCAUAUUGUACUUUCCAGUUGGGCUCUAGCAGGUGUACUUAAUUUCUAACUACAGGAAAUAGACGAUUGUAAUAGAAAUGUACAUAAAUACGUGCAGUCUGAUAAAUGCUUGUAUAACUUAUAUGUACAAAUUGUUUUUCAGAGUCUGUUAUAUUCAUGUAAAGUACAAUAUUGACAUAUUUUUCUAAGGGAACAUCAUGUUCUGGCUUCUUCAUUCAUUGAUUCAUUCCACUUCAGGGACUCAGUUCAGGAUCUUGGUUUUCUAGUCAUGUGAUAAAAACCUUGCAUUCUGGUGUGAACCAAAGUAGCUUGAGUGAUGUCAGUGAAUUUACAACAGUUUUCAUCAGCUGAGACUCUGGCUUGCAGAUCUAUUUAAUUCAAUCUUAGCUUCCAUUGGGGCUAUGCAGAAAAGACUGAAGGCUAGAGCUGGUCAGACAAUUAUCAUCAAAACAAUGGGAACAGUUAUGUUCAUCGAAAUGUAAAUGGUUUAACAAAUGUAUGGUUUGAUGCAAUUCCAUCCAAACAUCAAAAGCAAAUGGAAGCAUUUUGAUAAGGUUGAAACAUCCCAUUUAGACACUGGCAGGAUGGAAGGUUUUGACUUUUUUUUUAAAUUUCAAAAUGACUUUUUUUCACAACCAAAUUAAUUACAGGUUUCUUAAUCUAAAAAAUAAAAAGUUUAAAGGUCAACAUUAGAACCAAAUGUUUCCAUUUCAGUUGGCCUGAAACAAACAAACAAACAAAAAUUUAAAAAAAAAAGAAUUUUGUUCUGUAGGAAACUUAGUUUAGUUUUUAUAUUCCAUUUUGGAAUUGAAAAAGAUACUGCAAUAGUGGAAUUUGCUGUGAAUCAGAAAAGCCAGCACCCAUCCAGGUCUACUUCAUGUGCAUAUUGUCUCCAGAAGUGUCUUCACAUUCCACAGAUGCCACAGACAUUAUCACCUUGGUAGCAUCACCAAGGCCUGCAUAGAAAGCAGCAAUGGGUUCAAGCCAGAGUCUUAUGUACAAAGAUCCUCAAGUGGCCCUUGCAAACAGGAUAGAAGGGCCGCAGUUGAUAAUUGACCCACUAGGCUAGAAUAGUUGCAGCAGUGUUAGAGGGGCUAGGUUUUAUGUUGAGGUUUGAGGGGGGAAAUUUCACUUCUUCAGUGGCCCUUCCUUCACCUUCAUAUAGUCUGAUUAGCAAGGCAUUAAACACAGGUGCAAUGAAUUUCAUUUCUGUUUUAUACAUAGCAUUAAACUCUCCAUGACAAUGAUGUUGAGAAGUUCUGUGACCAGAGCAAUAGCAAUUUCUUGGCAUAGACCAAGCUAGCCUUUAGAAAUGUUUAUUAUUCCAACACAUUUCACAAAAACAGCUCUUUUUCCUCCUCCAGGGACCUGCGUAAUAUGCAUACCUGAGUGUCAAAAACCUGGACGGGAGAACUGGGUUUAUGGGUUUAAAAAGUAGUUUCAAGGAAGACAAAAUCUACAUCAAGAACUUUAGUAGGCCUUUGUCCUCUGAAACCCCAACCCCUUGUAUAACUAACUCAUUUCACUUGAUGUUGGCCCUGGCAGAAAUAGUUGUACAGCUGGUUUGUUUGAAAAACUAAAUCAAGCAGAAAGGUUCUUGUUGUUCUUCUUUAUUAGGUACAGAAGCUAAACACAAAGUCAAAAAACCAUGGCAUGGAAUGCUGAGACUGUUUUUUCAUUUGGUCCAUUUAAAUGCCUAAGAAAUAUGUUUCAGUUAAAAAAAUGUAGCACAAUUGUGAGAAUUUGGCUUGCUCCACCUUAUUACAGUUAGCAGCAACGUUGCCUUAAUUAAAGAUUUGCCAGAAUUUCCAUUGCAAACCCCACAUUUUUAUGUGUUUAUAACUUGGCAAUAAAACUUUGCUCUGGGAUGGAACUUCAUUCUGGGAUGCAAAAAUCUCAGCUAAUUCCUAUUUUACUUUUCCCCUCUCACAAAUUUUAACAAAAACCAAUGUUUGGCUCUUUUCAAUUAUAUACAUUCUAAAAACUAAUGCAAUAAAGAUGUCCUAGUUUUGAGUGCUUUGCAUUUUUCUAACUCAAAUAUGUCUUCAAGAUACAGGCAAGCCUAUAGGGAUGGCUGUCACUGAUUCAUAUAGAAAUUUGUAUGCAUAUGGAACAGCAAUUGACUCCAACCCAACUAUAGUUUAGGGACAAAUUUUCAUGGGAAGGAGCCCAGAAGAUUCCCACCCUUCUAGUGGAUUGUAUAGAUGCAGCCUGUUUGCUGCUCUUUGGGUCCAAUCCUAACCACCACAUUGAAAUCAAUGGCAGUUUUGCUACUAACUACAAUUGCAGCAGCACCUGGGACUUUUGCAUCAUGGUGCGGGAGGGCCACAGCAGCCCAUUCACAAUCAGGGUGAAGAAGCAGAGGCAAAGCCUCUGAAGAAACUGAUGAUCUAAGGCAAGUGCUGAGGGGAGCUCAUAUUGCACCUACCAAAAAAAAGAAAAGAAAAGAAACAUGCAGCCACAUUCUCAUGUCUCUAUCCAGGCCAAAAAAAAAAAAAAAAUCUCUUAACGGUCCUGAGUUCAUAUCCACUACCACAUAUACAGUGCUGUCCUCUGAGGCUACAUCUAUACUACAAGUUUUCUCAGCAAAAAAUAUGCUAAUGAGGGACUCAUUUGCAUAAAUUGCAAUCUCAUUUGCAUAUUUUCUGCUGGUCCAUUUUUGUGCUGGGGUUUUUGCGGAUGUAGAUUAGGGACUGAAGUUUGCCCAAAACAUGAAUGUUCUCUCUCAUUAAGAGUUGAAAGGGGUAAAAAGAUGCUCUCUGUUACAGGGCACAGAUAUAUUAUACUUUGAUGGAUGGCUGCAUUCGGUUACACUGGGCAACCUCAGUGGUGUCAGAGGGUGUAAGCUGAGUGAUACAGACACCACUGCCCAUGCUUACAGAAAAGGUAGGUGAGGUAAUAGCUUUUAUUGGACUGACUUUUGCUGGUGGAAGGUAUGGGUUUUGAGCUGCACAAAACUCUUCUUGGGGAAGAAGCACAGUGUCCGAGUUAACUCUAGACUACAAAGUUCUAUUGGAUAAAGAUACGCAAAUUGCAAACCGCAAUUUGCGUCUCUUUUUCCAUUUUUCU